UGCAACGAAACACAACCUCAAGCACUGCCUUCACAUCAGUGAUGACCAUGCUGGCAGCCUUCACCUUGGCCUCCCUGGGCCUCUCGGUGUGGGCGUCUAACCUCUGCCCUCCAACCUGUCAGUGUCUCCACAAUCUGACCACCGUAGUGUGUCAGGAGAAAGGACUGGACCAGAUCCCCGAGCUGCCAGAGGGCACAGAGCAGCUGUACGUCUCCUACAAUGAGAUACAGGAAAUACCCAGACGUGAGCUGGACGAGCUGCAGGUCCUGGACCUGACUAAGAAUCAGCUGAGUGUCUUCCUAUCCCUCAACCCAGUUUGGCCCAAUAUGAUGCAGCUGUCCAAGCUCUUCCUACGCAACAAUGAUGUGAAGCUUCUACACCCUGGUCAGUUCUUCAACUGCCCUGCUCUGACCUUACUGGACCUGAGUGAGAACCAAAUCCAAUAUCUACCGAUCGGAUUCCUCCGCGGAUUAGCCAAUCUGAAGACGCUGUAUGUGAACUUCAACCAGAUUCAAAUGUUACAGGCCGGUGGAUUGGAAGGAGCCUUCUCCCUCAAUGAACUCCACCUCAGCCAUAACAAUAUAGUGGACAUAGAGGGUGGUGUGUUUAAGAACUCCACUGCGUUGGAGAAACUCGUUCUAUCCAGAAACAGAAUCACAAGGUUGGACGAGGCCAGCUUCGGAGGAGCGACAGGUCUUCAGCAGCUUGACCUGAGUGAUAACAUGCUGGACGCUGUUCCAGCUGAAGCACUGAGGGAUGUGGACAGGCUCAGGUAUCUGCAUCUACAUAUGAACAGCUUCACCGGCCUUCCAGAGGACUGCUUCUCCUCAAUGGGCCUACUGAUUCAUCUAGACUUGAGCAACAACAAGCUGACCACUCUUUCUGAGGGGUCGCUGAGAGGUCUGACCACGCUUAGUGAGCUGGACCUCAGUUCCAACCUCAUAGAUUCUCUUCCCUCAAAAGUUUUCAAGGACCUGAUCAGCCUCAAGUUACUCGAUUUGUUCAGGAACAGACUGACAUCUCUUCCUCCGGACGUGUUCAGCAACUUAAACAACCUGCAAGAACUCCAGCUGGACUGCAAUCAGAUCUCCACCAUACCAGUCGGGGUGUUUGAUUCACUUUCCAGACUCAACGAGCUACAGCUGUCAAACAACCACAUCCCGGAGCUCCACCCUGCUCUGUUCAACAAGCUCAAGUCACUGCAGAACCUGUACUUGGAGUACAACACUCUGAGGCACCUUCCAAAAGGCCUUUUCCACAAGCUGAGGGCCCUUAAAGAGCUACACCUGGAUGACAACCACAUCAGGUCUCUACAUCACUCGGUCUUCCACGGUUUGGUGAGACUAUGUUCACUGAAGCUCUCUCGCAACCAUCUCGCCUCUCUACACCAGGACCAGUUCAUAGACCUCAUAGGUUUGAAAGAGCUAAGACUAAAUGAAAACCACAUAGCCCACCUUCAUCCUACAGGCCUGUUCACUAACCUUACAAAUCUGAACACACUGGAUCUGGACAGUAACCGUAUCACGGAGCUGUCUCCCGAUGACUUCGUAGGGCUGACGCGCCUUAAAGAGCUCAGGUUGGGCUUCAAUCAGCUCCGUGACAUCCCGUUCAACACCUUCUAUACCCUUAACUUCCUCCGUAAGCUUCUGCUAAAGAACAACAGCCUGAACAGUUUACACCCUCAGCUGUUUGCCGGACUCUCGAAGCUCACAGAACUCAACUUGGAUGGGAACCGGCUGGGUCACCUGCAGCCGGAUGUAUUUCAAGGACUCACGAACCUCCAGAAAUUGAGUUUGAGGUGCAACCAGCUGAGAGCAGUGGAGAAUGAGACUUUGGAGCCUUUGAGAAACCUUAACUCUGUGUAUCUGUCAGGUAACUUGUGGGACUGCACCUGUGCACACAUCCUCUACAUCAGCAGCUGGGUCAACACGCACAGGGACAAGCUCGGAGAUAAGCCCAUUUGCUUCCUCUCCUCUUCUUCAUUACCUUUAACAGAAGACAGACCGCUUUCCGAGGCAGCUCAGACUCCCCGGCUGUUACACAAUCGUUGCAUCGCAAGUGCUGCAAGCAGCACGUCGCCUUCAUUUCCUCUAGAAAUGCUGAAUUUGCUCACGAUUUCUCUAAUAGCUGUCAGCCCAAUGUGGCAUCCUUUGUAGUGGUUUUGUGCUCUGUGAAUGUUUCUUCCUGCCUUUUCUUUUCAUGCCUGCGCUUGGCUUAUAAGUUUUUACUACCAAAUUUCAAUAUACUGUAAAUUUGAAUAUGUUUAAAUGCAUGCACAGUUUGCAGGAAGAUUGAUUUGUGAGUAUAAAGACAGUUAUUGCAAAAUUGGAACUUAAUUAUUUGUUGAUAAAAUAUGGGGAUAAGGGAUUUAAUGUGGAUGUGAGCAUAUAUGCUUUGGUAGCACAAAUAAGUGGUACAGCUUAGACGGAGUAAAGCCUCAACAUGGACUCUUUAGUGAUUCGCAUCAGUUCCUGGUUGAGCGUGUGUUCCUAAAUACUGUGAAAACUGGCUUUAUGAUAGGAGAUUAGUUUGAGAAUUGUUGAAUGUGUUUGGGCCUGCAUUUGAUUAUGAUGGUAUA